AAAUAGUAGUCAGAGGUGCAUUUUGCAAUUGCAGACAUCUUUGUCACCUUCUUCUUUCUUCUUCUUAUUCUUCCACAGCGAGUGAGUUAGUGAACGAGUGUGUGAAUAUGAGCAAUCCCAAGGAAGAAGAAUCAUUUUCUAGAGCUGCAAGAGCAGCAGAAGAUCUUUACCAUCUUCGAGACACUUAUUUUCCACCCAACCCCGAUGACAGAAUCUCAAAGUUGCAACACGAAUCCGAUCUCGCUCUUAAUCUCCUCGAUUCCAUUCCCCCAGAACAAAGAAAAUCACCUACACAACGUGCAACAUUUGAAUAUCUUAGGGGGAAGAUGUUGGAUGUAUUUCCUGACUACAGGAAAGAAGCUGAGGAUCAUCUAUCAAAAGCUGUCAAGUUAAAUCCAUCUCUUGCAGAUGCUUGGCUAUGUUUAGGAAAUUGCAUUUGGAAAAAAGGAGAUUUAACUGCUGCAAAGAACUGCCUCAGUCUUGCAUUAGUCAAGGGUCCUAACAAAAAUAUUCUUUGUCAACUAUCGAUGCUUAAAAGAAAAAUGUCUCAAGGUGUGGAGAAUCAAGCAGAAUUGGUUGAGGAAAGCAUUCAACAUGCCAAGGAAGCAAUCACUUUAGAUGUCAAGGAUGGGAACUCUUGGUAUAAUCUUGGAAAUGCUUGCCUUACAAGUUUUUUUGUCACCGGAGCUUGGGAUCAUACCAAACUUUUACAUUCUUUAAAAGCAUAUCAAAAUGCUGAGAAAGAUGAAAGAAUGAAGUCCAAUCCAGAUUUAUAUUUUAAUAGUGCUACAGUUAACAAAUAUCUUGAGAACUACCAGAGGGCCCUUAGUGGAUUUGAGGCUGCUGCUUUAAAGGAUCCAGGUCUGAAUGCUGCAGAGGAGGUUCAGAAGAUAGUCAGUUUACUUGACAAGGUGGACAAUCUUUUGAAGGGACAUGUAAGAGCUAAGCGAAUGACAUCUUUGGCUUCCUCAUUGGUUGCUGUUGAUUUGAAAUCGCCAUACCGAAGAGUUACCAUUGACCUUUUAUCAGAGGGUCCAAAUAGAGCUCUUGCAGUAGAGGGGAAAGUUUUUUUCUUUAUUAGGACUGAAGGUGUUGCUCCCCUAUACUAUUUGCUUUGUGAUUCAAAUCAUUCCUGCUUUGUUGUCUCGAUUUAUGGUGUACGUACUGAUGUGAUUAAAGAAGGAGAUCAACUAACAAUGCUUGAUCCUUAUUUUCGUGAUGUUGAUUUGUCGUGGAAUGAGAAGCGUUACCAGUUCAAGUCUAUACGCCUGGAUUUCUACGAACAAGUACUUGUAAAUGGAAAAGCUUUGACUCCUCAACAAGCUGUUCGUACGUCAAUAUAUGCUCAACAUAAACCCUGAAAAGGCCACUACAGAAAUUAUUUGAGUUCUACUUGUCUUCUGGUUGUUGGUGUUGGAUGCUAUAUUCAUUGAGUAAAUAGAUUGGUUGGUUGGUACAUUUAUACAUGUGAAUUCUGGUGCCUCACAAUCUGAUAAUAGGAAAAGAAGAAACUUGAGAGGAAAGUGUUAUAUUUGGCUUUCUAUUUUGUCCAUCAAGCUUUUUACAUCUGCUGAAUAUGAUAGCUUGAAGAUUCUUCUGUUUGUUUUCGAUGCUUUUAACAGAAACUUUAUGUACAAAUCUUGUUUGUUGUUGUA